ACGAAAGAUUCAAUUUUUACUGGCCUCGGUUUGUAUCAGUUUCACUCUGAUUUUGACACUUUAAUCUUUUUCCAAAUCUUGCAUUUCAUUUGCAUGCCCUUUUCUUCUCUCAUUCGAUUUCACCUUCGUAACCCCACAUACCCAAUUAUAAAAAGUUUUUAUUUUUAUUAUUUUAUUAUUGGGGUAUUGUGUUUUUCUUUCUUCAUCAAAUAAUUUUCUCGAGAAAAUGAGGUGGGAAAAAGUUGAGGUUAAGCCGAUUGGAAAAGAGGGUGAUGGAGGGCCAGGGAAAAGGUGGGGUCAUACCUGUAACUCCAUUAAUGGUGGUAGACAUAUCUAUGUCUUUGGUGGUUAUGGCAAAGAUAACUGUCAGACCAACCAAGUUCAUGUCUUUGACACUGUGAACCAGACAUGGAGCCAACCUGCAAUAAAAGGCACUCCUCCUACUCCAAGGGACAGUCACACUUGCAGUGUUGUUGGUGAUAGACUAUUUGUGUUUGGGGGUACUGAUGGAAUGAAUCCACUGAAGGAUUUGCAUAUUUUAGACACUUCUUUGCAAAUGUGGGAAUGUCCAAUUAUAAGAGGAGAUGGGCCAGAGGCUCGUGAGGGUCAUAGUGCAGCAGUUGUUGGCCAACGACUCUUCAUCUUUGGUGGCUGUGGAAAAUCUGCUGAUAAUAACAGUGAGGUCUACUACAAUGAUCUUUACAUACUGAAUACAGAGACGCUUGUUUGGAUGCGCCCUACAACAUCAGGCACACCGCCAUCACCUCGUGAUAGCCACACUUUCUCAGCGUGGAAGAACAAAAUUAUUGUGAUAGGGGGUGAAGACGGGCAUGAUUAUUAUUUGUCUGACGUCCAUAUCCUUGACACUGAUACUCUAAUUUGGAGGGAGCUGAGUACAUCGGGCCAACUGUUGCCACCUCGGGCCGGUCAUUCCACUGUUUCUCUUGGCAAGAACUUGUUUGUUUUUGGUGGAUUUACAGACGCCCAAAAUCUAUACAACGACCUUUAUAUGCUUGAUACUGAUACUGGUGUUUGGACAAACGUUACACCUACAACCAAUUGUCCUUCUGCUAGAUUUUCUGUAGCCGGUGACUGUUUAGACCCAUUUAAGGGUGGCGUUCUUGUGUUUAUCGGCGGUUGUAACAAGAGUCUUGAAGCCCUGGAGGAUAUGUAUUACCUACAUACAGGUUUUGGGGAAAGUGAACUGAGACCAGAUAAGUUAUCUAUGAAGAAGCAAUUGAAGCUGAAAUGCCAAGAAGAACAAAAUCUCAGUCCUGGCCAAAAUCAAGUUAUGGCUGGAUAUGGAGUGGGUACUAACAUUGGCCAGGCCAUGACUGCGUUGAAUUAUAGCCAGCCAAAUAGACCAAAUAUCCCGGCAAAUCAAUCAAUUUCUCCUCAUGGAAAGAAAACAUUUGAAGCCAAGGUUACUGAAAAUAUCUCAGAAGGAUAUACUAUUGAAACUGUCAUUGAUGGAAAGCCUCUUCGUGGAAUUCUGUUUUUAAACAAACAAAACACUCUUCACCCAUCCGCUCAUGUUAUCAAUAGGAAAAGGACUGCUGGUGAAAUUGAUGGUGUCAUCUCAAAUGGCGCACAUUCUAACAUUAAGACUGCUAAAGUGAAUCCAAUGGAAAAUAGACAUCCGGAACCUCUCCAACACAGUUCUGAAGCUGUUGUUGCACUUGCAGCAAGCAAUCCAAUAACUGCCAAUGCCGCUGUUAACCAUAAGGUUUAUACCAACCCAGAACCAGAAGCUGCUUCUUUGAAUCGAAAUGCUGAAAAAAAUGAAACACCAACCUUGGGGGGUAACUUGAAAAAUGAUGGAGCAAGUGAUGCGACAAGUUCCAGAGGUGAAGCCCAAACAAAUGUUCAAACAAACGUGCUGAUUUCCAACUUAGAAGCUUCAAGGCAUGAUAAAAAUAGUGAUGCAUCAAACUGGAACACACAAUUUCUGAAACCUAUCACAGCUGAGAGUCCUAUGAAUUUGUCAAAUCAAGGUGCAGUGGUGGAUUCUACAACUCCAAGGACAGGAGAAUCCAGCGAACCAGCAAAACAAUUUUAAGCUAAGGAGAAAAUGAAGACCUUGUUUGCUUUGCAUUUAUUUGUACAUACCUCAUCUUCUGAAGGUGGUGAUCAUAGAAGGUCAAUAUAACUGGUGGUAUUGGUAUAGACUAACAUCGUCAACUGGUCGGAUACAAAUUGUGCCGACACCUUUUGAUCUGAAUCUUUUAUUAUUGAACAAAACCAUGGUUACCUUAGGUAUAGGUAGCGAUAAAAAGUAGUUCUUAGUUUGAUUCUAUUCAUAUGCUGCCUUCUUUCAUCGCUAGGAAAGAAAAUUUUGUUAGUAGCCUUUUGAUUCUGUUAUCAGGUCACAGAAUGAAACCUUACUUAAAUUCUUACUAUAAUUUUUCUGUAAUCAUUUUGAAAUAGGAUCAAACUUGAUCUUAAAUGGUUUGAGCCAGGUUGGUUACAUGCGAUGGAAAUUGGAACAAGUCGUGCUUGUUGCUAA